UUACUUCCUUUUUCCCUGCAUCUUCGACGAGAGUACACGUGCCACGCAUCGCUGUGAAAAUAUUUCUGUGAAUUAAGGCAACACUCUAUUGAAAAUAAUGACCGAAACGUUGCAGCUGCGUGGUCAGCUCCUGGGCCACUCCGGAUGGGUUACGCAAAUCGCUACUAACCCGAAAUACCCGGACAUGAUCCUGUCUGCAUCUCGCGAUAAAACGCUAAUUGUUUGGAAGUUGACGCGCGAUGAAAGCAGUUACGGCAUCCCGCAAAAGCGACUGUACGGCCAUUCGCACUUUAUUUCGGAUGUAGUACUAUCAUCGGACGGUAACUUCGCCCUGUCUGGCUCGUGGGAUAAAACUCUGCGUCUUUGGGAUCUGGCGGCAGGCGUGUCAACUCGUCGUUUUGAGGACCAUACCAAGGACGUUCUAUCAGUCGCAUUCUCGGUAGACAAUCGGCAGAUCGUGUCUGGUUCUCGUGACAAGACCAUCAAGCUAUGGAACACAUUAGCUGAAUGCAAGUAUACCAUCCAGGAGGAUGGCCAUACGGACUGGGUGUCGUGCGUGCGGUUCUCGCCGAACCACACCAAUCCUAUCAUCGUAUCAGCUGGUUGGGACCGUGUGGUGAAGGUGUGGAAUUUGGCCAAUUGCAAGUUGAAGAUCGAUCAUCUUGGCCACAAUGGCUAUUUGAAUUCGGUAUCUGUCUCUCCGGAUGGUUCUCUCUGCACCUCGGGUGGUAAGGAUUGCCGUGCUUUCUUGUGGGAUCUUAAUGAUGGAAAGCAUCUGCACACACUGGAACACAACGAAGUUAUCAACGCAUUGUGCUUCUCGCCAAAUCGCUACUGGCUUUGCGUUGCGUAUGGACCAUCGAUUAAGAUUUGGGAUCUUGCGUAUAAAACGAUGGUCGAAGAGCUGAAGCCUGCUAAAACUGGUGACCCACCACAAUGCUUGUCGCUUGCCUGGUCCACCGAUGGCCAGACACUCUACGCUGGUUACUCGGACAAUAUUAUUCGAGUUUGGCAGGUUUCUGUUUCUAGUCGCUAAACCGACAGAAAAAGGUGUAUCCAGGGUACAUAAACUGGAAUGUUUGUGAUUUUUCUCUCUGCAAAGAGUGUUAAAGAAUCAAACAUGAUGAUUGUUUUUGAAUAAAGAACAAUAUAACAUAUGAAAACUAAAA